CUGAAACGUCCCGUCGGCGUUUCUCCUGUGGCUAGUAUUUUCGGGUCGCACCACUCUCCCCAGCUUAUUUUUUAGCUUCAGAAAGGAGACGACAUAUAUAUAAGCAGACGAGACCAACAGCAAGUCGCCAGUAGUCAGUAGCGACGAAGACCGACAACACGUCCAAGCCUAGGGAUCUACCUGAGGUGCGUCUCUGAGACCAACAGCAGCGCCAACCGCAGUACCCUGUGCGUCCUCAAAACGAUGCAGCCCACGAUGCUAGCCGCCGUGCUUCUGCCGGUCACCCUGUCCGCGCUCUGCCCCUGCCCGUCGUCGCCUACCCCCGAGGACUCCCCCGUGUGCGGCAGUGACGGCCGCACGUACUCCAGCGAGUGCGAGCUGCAGUGCUUGGCCUGGAGUUCCAGUGUGAGGCCAGCUCUGCAACUAGUCGUGUUGCCCGCAGGACUUUCUGUCGCCCACCCCGGGCCAUGCGCCCCGCCGGAGGCCGCCGCCGGCCGCCGCCGCCGCUACGUCGUAGGGUAUCAGGAGUGGAGUAAAUGUCACAAGGAACGUCAGUGCGGCUAUCCACAAGACGGGAACUGCACCGAGUGCGGCGAGGGCGACGAGAAGUGCAGGACAAUGUGCGGCUGGAACUGCAGCUGCGGCUGCGCGGGGCUGCCGACGGGCGGGCUGGACGAGUUCUCGCACUACUGGUGGAACAGGUGCUACUGGGAGAGGGGAUGCACUGAGAAUAGAAGGGACUUGUGCGUCAGCAACUGCGACAGCGAGUUCUGCAGGAACUUGUGCCACAUGGAUUGGGAGAGGUGCAGCUGUGGCUGCGUACAGCACGCGGCGGCCAGAGUCGGCUCGACUACUUGGGAAAUAAACGGCCUGCAUCGAACGAACAGACUGCGACCGCAGCCGCAGCAUCGACGGCUGACCAGGGACCAGGGUGUGACUCCCCAAAGGCGACCUGGAGACGUCCGACCGGGCUGAACGGAAAUUCUUUGAGGGUGAGGUCGGGUGUCGGGGGCGGCCACCUCGUGGAGUGAAAUAGAAAAUAAAUACAUAAAGAGUAAGAAAUAAAUUGCCGACUUCAUAUUUUAAAAUGUUCUUUCACAUUAUUUGCUACAUUUCGCAGUAUUUCCCUGCAUCCCUUU